CCCCAGAAAAAUCAGACUAGCCAAAAUAAGGCAGGGCCCACCAGCUGUAGAAUAUGUUCCCAUGCUUAUCUGAGUGGAGUGGAUUGCCACACUUUUCUUUCCUGUAGACAAUCUGUAAAAUCCUUUUCUCGUUGAGGAAGGUGUCAAGGAGGAGGAGACGAACACAAGCAGAGAAGGGGAAGAGGGUUGUAUUCCCAGGCCAUAUGGAGAUCCAGCAGCAGCGGGGGGUUGGCAAUUCCAAAGUUGUGAAGGUUCAGAGCGAGGAGGCAUGGGGGCUGUUCACCAACCAAGCAAGCAAUGAAGCCCGCCCUGUUGUUGCUCAUUUUGGGGCAUCAUGGUGUGUGACAUCCCUGUCCAUGAACUACAAGUUUGAGGAGCUAGCUCAGACCCACCCUGAGGUAUUGUUCCUCCAUGUGGAUGUGGAUGAUGUCCAGAGUGUUUCAUCCAAGUAUGGAGUGAAGGCCAUGCCAACAUUUUUUCUCAUAAAAAACAAGGUGGUGGUGAGGAAGAUCGUUGGGGCGAAUCCGGAUGAGCUCAAGAAGCUGGUGGAAGCUUCUGCUGAUCCACUUCCCUUGGAAACUCAGAUAGUCUAGAAUAGGCGUCGCAGUCUUGUCUUCAGAAACUGCUCUGUGACCGUGAAUACUGUUUGGUCAGGUCUUCUGAAAUGCGUCUGAAUGUUCCAGACUGUACAAUAUCGCUCGCGUGACUCUGAUGGGUGUCGCUUUCAACUGGCAGUAGUCUUGCCUGUUUGUCCGGUCCUGCAGUUGUGACUGUAGUGUGACUCUGAAUGUUGCAUGUGUUCUGGAGAUGAAAAAUAAAGUUCGCUUCAAGCA